AUGGCUACCCCGGACAUUGCCAAGCUGGAUCUCUCGGAUUCAUCAGACGCUGAAGACCUCUUCGCGUCCCCCUCGCGCACCUCGAAGCCAACCAAAACACCCACCGCCAAUGCUUCUGAGAGCACCAAUGCCCCGCCCCAGCGCAACACCGAGUCAAAAUAUGAUACCGAGCAAGCUCGCACCAAUGCUUUGCAGAAAGAACUCGAAAGUGUACGGAGCAUCAACGAGGUCAUAGAAGGCGUGAUCUCAAGUCUUGAAUGCGCAAAGGGGAAUAUGGAUACCGUUUCGCGCACAGUCACAUCAGCAUCCACUCUUCUCAACACCUGGACUCGCAUUCUCUCGCAGACCGAACAUAAUCAACGAUUAAUCCUGAAUCCUAAUUGGCGUGGGGCAAGUCAAGAUGUUGCAGAUAUGGAGAAUGAGGCGGUCCUAAAAGCGCAAGCUGCCGAGAGGAGGGCCGCCGAGGAAGAGCGUAGGAGGGAAGAGGCCAGAAGACGGGCGGAGGACGAAGAGAGGCAACGACAGGCUGGGACAGCAGUACGUGGAGUCAGGGGAUCAAGAGGAAGAGGUAGAGGCGCGGUCAGGGGUAGUAGCAUCAGUGGGACCGGUUAUGUUGCUGGUGGGUCGAGCAGCUUGCCAGCACCUCGUGGCACGUAUCAAUCAACAGCAGGACGGAGUGGUAUAGGGAGGGGCAUUGGUGGUACAAGAGGCAGAGCACGAGGAGUACGAUAA